GGAAAGAAAUGGAAGGAGCAUCCAAAGAAGACCCAAAGGAGAUGGUGAUGAGCUCUCCUUCAAGGCUCUUUAAGAGAAAAAAGUGGACAAAGUUUGAUAAAAACGUUGCCUUUUACUUUCUUCUUUUACAUCUACUUAGUAUUUUGGCACCAUUAUUCUAUUUUAGUUGGGGUUGUUUGUUGCUUUCCUUGGGAUUAGCCAAUCUAACCGGGAUGGCAAUUAGUGUUUCGUAUCAUAGAAAUCUUGCACAUCGAAGCUUCAAACUUCCAAAAUGGCUCGAGUAUUCUCUUGCUUAUAUUGCAGCUCAUGCAAUUCAGGGUGAUCCAAUUGAUUGGGUGAGCACACACAGAUGUCACCAUCGAUUUGUUGAUUCAGAACGAGAUCCACAUAGUCCUAUUUAUGGAUUUUGGUUCAGCCAAAUGACGUGGUUUUUUGAUUCGUAUAACUUGACGAGAAAAGUUUGUCCAAACUAUUUUAAUAAUUAUCAAAAGGUGGAGAGAAACAUCUUCAUGUUUUACAUGAAACAUGGAUAUCCAGACAAUGUGACAGAUUUGGAGAAACAAAAGUUCUAUAGGUUUAUACAUAAAACAUAUUGGCUUCAUCCACUUGCUCUUUCACUCUUGCUCUAUGCACUUGGAGGACUCCCUUUCAUCAUUUGGGGAGUGUGCGUGAGGUUCGUACUGAGCUUGCAUUUCACAUCUAUGAUAAAUUCAGUAUGUCAUAUUUGGGGAAACCAACCAUGGAACACUGGGGAUUUAUCUAAGAACAAUUGGAUUGUUGCUAUAUUUACCUUUGGAGAAGGAUGGCACAAUAACCACCAUGCUUUUGAGUAUUCAGCACGACAUGGUCAUGAAUGGUGGCAAAUUGAUAAUGGUUGGUAUAUUAUCAAGUUCCUUCAAGUCAUUGGAUUAGCCACCAAUGUUAAAUUACCUUCUGAAAAGCAAAAAAUGGCUGCUUUAAACAAAUCAAAACCCACCUUUCUUAGGCCUAUGAUUGAUUGAGAUUCAUGUGAUAUUUAACAUUUCCCUCAUUUGAGAAUCUGUUUCUAUAGAUAAUGAAUGUUCACGAUCUUAUUAUAUGGUAGGGUUUUUAUGUAACCCUCUUUCAAUCAUGUAUUUAGCUUCUCAUCCAUCUUAUAAAAGAUAAUCGUUAAA